AUGGAGCGAAGAGUGGCGGUUAUCUUGCAGAAGUGCAAGAAAGGUAAACAAGUGAAGCAGACGCAUGUUCAGAUUCUCAUUAAUGGCUUAAAAGGUAGCAACUUUUUGGCGAUCAAGCUUAUGACGCUAUCUUCGGAAUUCAUAUCUCUUGACUAUGCGGCGAAAGUGUUUGACGAUCUACGGACACCUGAUUUAAUUUCUUACAACCCGCUGAUUAAAUGCUCAAUCGGGAGCUCCAUUAGAGUCGCAACCACGACCUACAACAGAAUGCGCGAGAAGGGCAUUUCAUCAAACAGUUACACUCUGACGUUUCUCCUCAGGUGCUACGAGUCAUUCAACAAGUUUGAAUUGGGUGAAAGGGUGCACGGUCAUGUUUUGAGGAUGGGAAUUGCGUCUGGGCUUUUUGUCAUGAACACACUUAUGGACUUGUACGCCAAAUGCGGUGGGAGUUUGGAUAUUGCUAGGAAGGUGUUGGAUGAAAUGCCUGAAAGAGACAUUGUUACAUGGAAUACGAUGAUUAGAACAUACAUGAGUAAUGGUGACAUAGAUACUGCUGUUAAGCUCUUCGAAUCAAUGCCGGAUAGGAACUUAGUUUCAGGGCUGGCGAAGAUCGGGAACAUGGAAUCGGCUAAAAGAGUAUUUCAAGAUCGGGAACAUGGAAUCGGUUGUAGCCUGAUACAAUGUUGA